AAGACGAUCAGCAGCGAGACACAGAGCAGGAGAGAAACUGAAGAGACGCUCCACUGUUUUUCUUAAUUUUUUUCUACCUUCAUUCUUCUUCACUUCCGUCCCUGGGAGAAUUGUGAAAGGACAAAACUGAGAGGAACGACACAAAAUAAGAGAGACAAAAGGGGCCGAGCCAAGAGGAUGAAAACGAAUCUCUGAGUGUGUGAGUGACUGCGUGUGUAACAUGCUCUGUCAUGCUGGUGUAACGACUUCUGCCUCUCCAACCGGCGUCGUUGCUUGUCAGGAAAAGGAAUGUUUACCAGAGGAAUGAGUCCCUGAACUGGUUCACCAUGUGGAUGUGGGACAGUAAUUUCCAAACCUUCGCCGGAAGAAUCCCACGGAAAAAAGAGCAGCGGCCGAAGAGCUUAGCCGGUCCUGCUGGGUGGCCGCCCGUGUGCUCGCACUGCUGACACUCAUUUAGAAACUGACUUCACUCUAAGCUUAAGUCUUCUCAUACUUCCUCGUAGUUCUUAUUUCUUUCUUUAGUCACCAACAUUUAUUGGAAUUUCCAUUUCCCCCUCUGGAACUCAAAGGAUUUUAUGGUGCUAUGUUGUUCUUUUGUUUUGCGUUUGCCUUGUUAGAAAUAAGCUGGAGCUUUUUUGUAGUGAUCCCCUUAGGAUCAAACAAGUGAAGCUGGAUAUUAUUUUACCCGAGGACUGGUCUGAAUGUACAUGCCACCACAGUGGACUUUUACAGUACUAUGGAACACUACGGUUCACACAGAUACUGCGGGGCGGCAUAUGCAGAUAGAUAACGGAAUAAGGAGCCUCAAAGGGUGAGAGGUUAAAGGAACGGGGGAUCAGUGCCGACACAGCUUGGUUAUGAAGCCUGGUCAAUGCCCAGGUGUUCCCAGUGAUAGGCCCAUGAUGCACCUCAGCCAUUUUCCCUUUAGACGGCACUCCUGGAUCUGUUUCGAUGUGGACAAUGGCACAUCUUCAGGUCGAAGCCCCCUGGACCCGAUGGCCAGUCCAGGCUCGGGUCUCAUCCUGCAGGCCAACUUUGUCCACAGCCAAAGGAGAGAGUCGUUCCUCUACCGCUCUGACAGCGACUACGACCUCUCCCCCAAGUCUAUGUCCCGAAACUCCUCCAUAGCCAGUGACAUCCAUGGUGACGAUAUGAUUGUAACGCCAUUUGCACAGGUUCUUGCAAGCUUGAGAACUGUACGAAACAACUUUGGUGCAUUAACUAAUCUUCAACAAGACCGAGCAUCCAACAAGAGAUCACCCAUGUGCAACCCACCACCCAUCACCAAGACCACCUUCACAGAGGAGGCCUACCAGAAACUGGCCACUGAGACCCUGGAGGAGCUGGACUGGUGCCUUGACCAGCUGGAGACACUGCAGACACGACACUCAGUCAGCGAGAUGGCCUCCAACAAGUUUAAAAGGAUGUUAAAUCGGGAGCUUACUCAUCUAUCAGAGAUGAGCCGCUCCGGGAACCAGGUGUCAGAGUUCAUUUCCAGCACCUUCCUGGACAAGCAACAUGAAGUGGAGAUGCCAACCCCGCAAACGCAGAAGGACAAGGAGAAGAAGAACAAGCCCAUGUCUCAGAUCAGCGGGGUGAAGAAGCUGCAACACUCCUCCAGCCUCACCAACUCCAACAUCCCUCGCUUCGGAGUCAAGACAGAGACUGAGGAUGAAUUGGCUAAGGAGCUGGAGCAUGUAAAUAAAUGGGGCCUUAAUGUUUUUAAAAUCUCAGAAUUCUCUGGGAAUCGGCCACUGACGGUCAUGAUGUACACAAUAUUUCAGGAGAGGGACUUGUUAAAAACUUUUAAAAUUCCACUUGACACCUUUAUAACAUACCUGAUGACCUUAGAAGACCAUUAUCAUGGUGAUGUGGCCUACCAUAACAACAUCCAUGCUGCUGACGUCACCCAGUCAACUCACGUGCUGCUAUCCACCCCUGCCCUCGAGGCUGUGUUCACAGACCUUGAGAUCCUUGCUGCCAUCUUUGCCAGUGCAAUUCACGACGUAGAUCAUCCCGGAGUCUCGAACCAGUUCCUGAUCAACACCAAUUCAGAGCUAGCUUUGAUGUAUAACGACUCAUCAGUGUUGGAAAACCACCAUCUAGCAGUUGGUUUCAAGCUCCUGCAAGAAGAGAACUGUGACAUCUUCCAAAACUUGACCAAAAAACAACGACAAUCACUGCGAAAGAUGGUCAUCGACAUUGUGCUAGCGACAGACAUGUCUAAACACAUGAAUCUGUUGGCUGACCUGAAGACGAUGGUGGAAACCAAGAAGGUGACCAGCUCUGGUGUGUUGCUGCUGGACAACUACUCCGACCGGAUACAGGUUCUCCAGAACAUGGUGCACUGUGCAGACCUCAGCAACCCCACCAAGCCUCUUCAGCUUUACCGACAAUGGACGGACCGCAUCAUGGAGGAGUUUUUCAGUCAAGGGGACCGAGAGAGGGAAAGGGGGAUGGAGAUCAGCCCCAUGUGUGACAAACAUAAUGCCUCAGUAGAAAAGAGUCAGGUUGGAUUCAUAGACUACAUCGUCCAUCCUCUGUGGGAGACGUGGGCUGAUCUCGUCCAUCCAGAUGCCCAGGACAUUUUGGACACGUUAGAGGACAACCGAGAAUGGUACCAAAGCACCAUUCCGCAGAGUCCAUCGCCAGCGUUGGACGAGGCGGAGGACAGCACGCGGCCCCCUGGAGGGGACAAGUUCCAGUUUGAGCUCACCCUGGAGGAGGACGGGGAGUCGGACACUGAGAAAGACAGUGGGAGCCAGCCUGAAGAGGAAGAGGAGGAGGAGGAAGAAGAGGAGAACAGCUGUACCGACUCGAAAACACUCUGUACGCAGGACUCUGAAUCCACGGAGAUUCCUUUGGACGAACAGGUGGGAGAGGUGGACGAAGAGGAGGAGGAGGAGGAGGGUGUGGAGGAGGGCGAGACACCGAGCUCAGAGGCCUGCGUUGUGGAAGAAGAGGUGGUAGAGGAGCAAGAGAAAUCCACUGAAACAUAGCAGUUAUGGACAACAACUGAUUAACUGCUCUUCUUAGUAAUGACAGAUGAUUAUUUAUAGAAUAUUUUUUUGGCUUUUGUGAAAUCUGUGUUUUUUAUACAUCAAUGAUUCUGGUUCCAAAGCGUGCGCUGCUCUCCACCUUGGCCACUCCUUCUGCCAGCUUUGCUCAGACACACCCACCGGUACUCCUUCAAGUUUUUUUGCACUCAGGAAAACUCCUUUUCAUUCCCAUUUCUACUGAAGCGGUGUGUCUUCAUUUCACUUUGACCCCUUCCUUUUUAACAUGCUUAAGUUUGAGGAUGUGAACAAACAGUUCCCAGGCUGCUCAGUGGGCACAUCGUUUUUCUGCCGUUUAGCUCGGCCCCAGCCUUGCCUGAAAGUUUUGGUUGUGUCUUUGUUUUAUUAAGUGCCCAUUACUCAAAAGCGACAGUUAUUAUUGUCGCAAAUCCCCCUCUGGUUAGGUCGUAUCCUCCCUACUAUGAAUUAGAAAGCAUGUGGACACUGCAGCUCCGACGGGACGCCGCAGAGAGCGGUGCUGCAGCACAAAAACACAUUUUCUGAUGUGGAAGUCUUCCUCGGAAACCUGACUGACACAAAGCUUAAAUCUGAACAGCCACAACGCUGUUUUAAACCUCUUUAAUUUUUGUUUCGUACUGUUUGUAAGAUUAAGAUAUUUUCUAGGAUUUUCUUUUACAAUUCCAAGGCUUUUUCUUUUGUUAUGAAAGAAACCAACAGGCAGAAUCGUAUCAGAGGUCGUCAGGGUUUUGAAGGGGUAUCUUUACGGCUGGAUUAUGCCAGAAGUAUUCGGCGCUGUUUGCACUUGUUUCAAUAGCAUUUAUAAUGUUAUUCAUGUCAAACUAUACCCAUCCUUUAGUUCAUCCUGUGUGUUGAAAUUUGGAAUUCAUUUAUUAAUACCUAUUAUUAUGGUGGGCGUUUUCACUGAGGAGGAAGCAGAAACCUGAGGUCUUAUGCUUCACUUUCACUGGAACUGGGGAUGAAGCCUUUACAUUUUAUUAUUGUUGCCUGCAGUUCUUUUGAACUCAUCCUGAGACAAUGCAAUGCUUUGUAGUCGAUACAAAAAAAAAGAAAAAUCACCUUUUCUAGAAGCUUGAUCAGUGCUCGAAGUGUAUAGAUAGUAAUGGCGUUAAAAAUUACAAGGGUGAUUUUAUACCGAUGUUCUGAAAAUGUUGCUUUAUUUUUCUUGAACAUUUUGAGCGGUAUACGCGUCAGUGACAGCUGCUCGUCUUCAGCCACUUAUGGUAAGAGUUUUUUUUUCAUCAGAUGAAAAUUUGAUUUGCCAUCGCGACAUUUACUCCAUUUACUGUCUUUGUUCUCAACAAGACAAUCAACUCCAUAGCGUAGUCACCGGAUGAGACUAUCCUCGACAUAGAUACUAUAAUGCACUAAUUAGUCCAUAUAUAACCUCUGUACUUUUGUUGAAACUCGCCAAAACACUGACUCGUGCUUGAACACCGGCUUGAACAUUGUUUUCCCGCGCCUCGGCCAAGAGUCUCUUCCCUUUUCCGUGUUUCUACAGUUUUAAACCACUUAAAUACAAUAUUAUUAUUAUUUAUUGUUAUAUUUUUCUAUUUGUUGGGUUGUUUUUGCAAUAUAAAGGUGGUACAGUAGAUAUUUCACUGUAGCAUAGACCACAGGCUUGCCAGUUACCAUACCCAAAUACACUUUCUUUCCCAGUGUACAUAAAUUUGAAAAAGUUUUAAAAAAACAUUUUGAAUUUAAAAAAAGAAAAUUGAAAUGCCACACAUUGCUUUUUUAAGUGUGUUUGUUUUAAAUAUGUGUCAUUUAAAAACUUUUAAUUUAAUCUUUCAUUUUGUGCCAAGAUAUGUUUUUUUUUUUUUUUCAUCCUCACCCGAUGCCCUUACCUGUAAUCAAAAUUUCUGGUUUAUCGCUGUUUACAAACCUAUAUUUAUUGUGCUGUAUAUAAUAUAUAAUUAUUAAUGUUAUUACUAUCAUAAUGCAGUUUGCUGUAAAUGGUUGAUUCUUAUCAUCCCUUUUGGUGAUGGUGUGGCUGUAUUACGUACCUCUUGUUGAGAGAAUGUUUAUUACACAUGAGUUUCGGUGUAAAAAUGAUCCAUCGACCUGUUGCUUAUCUGAGAACUCGCUCGGUGAACAGAGGGGGAAAGCCAAAUUGUCUGUUUUUUUUUUGUUUGUUUGUUUGUUUUUUUAAGAAACUGUUCCUUGGCCCAUGGGCUGUGCCUUAAAUCAAACACAUUAUUUUCUCUAGCAUUUUUUUUUUUUUAUUCUCUAGUUCUCCUUUUGCUGCAUUGGUGAAUCUCCUGGCUCGGAUUGGCCUCUUGUUGUGAAAGUUGCCUUUUCAUUACCACAGCCAAACACACAAUUUGCCCUACUGCAACUUACGGCACUGGGUAGGAUAAACUGUGCAGUGCGUAGAGGUUCAGGUCGACCACUAGUCACAGAUUUACCGGGUUGUGGCCUACGUGUGGGAUGUCUGAGAGUCGUAUUUGCCGUAGACCUGGUCUGAACCGCUCACACUUACGCUCUGCGACUACGCUCACAGAUGGGACUCAACCUGCCGCAUGUGGACGACGCGGGAGUUACUUUGCUGCGUCGCUUGCCUCCUGGUUGUCUCCAAACUACUAACACUGAACGGGGAGCGACAGGAGUGUGCAGCCGGUGCCCGACAGAGUCCUACAAAGCACAGAAGCUUUGAGACACACCUGCUUGUUCAGCCACUGCUGCAUUAAUUAUGGCUGAAACACUGACGGUGUGUCAGUUAUCUAUGCGCGGCCCACUCUUCAACUCACAUUACUUGCAAUAUCCAAAACCACUGACAUCUUUCUGUCUGAGCAGGAGAAGAGUUAAAUAUAUAAAAGGGAAAGGGGAGGAUACAGGGAGGGUGUGAGGGAAGGGGGAGGGGGGUCUCCAUCAUUGUCCCAAAACAGGGACUCUUAUUUUGACACACAUACUGUAGAUUUUAACAGCCCUGGACCAAUGGAUAUAGUGGGUUCUUUUCUCAUUAUGUGUUCUAUUUUUUUAUGGCGUAAAAGGAAAACACAAACUGUAACUUUAAAAAGAAAAAAAAAGGUCUUCAGGACAAUUAUUUUUUUGGGUUAUGUCUUUAGAAUGCCAACUUGUCUGGACGUUUCACAGGACAAUUAAAAUGUUAUUUUAAUGGAUUCCUUGUUAAUCGCAGUCUAUUGGAUAGCACUGUAGAUCAUACUACUUUAUGUAAAAAACAAAAAAAAAGAAUGAAAAAACUUUUUAUAUGCAAUGGAUUAAAUAAAAGCAUGGGUUGAU